UUGAGUGAGGGCUCUUGGGUUAGUUCCUGUUAGGCCCCGGCCGGGGGAGUAGGUUGAAGUCUCCUAAGAUGCCCGGUGGGCUGGGGCACUGAGAGCUGUGAAGAAGGCGUGAGGAGGCGGCGAGGGGCGACCUGCGGAAGGCCCGAACGAGAGCGGCGGCCGAGCCCGCCUUCCCUGCACCAUGCUCAUAGAGGAUGUGGAUGCCCUCAAGUCCUGGCUGGCCAAGUUACUGGAGCCGAUAUGUGAUGCUGACCCUUCAGCCUUAGCCAACUAUGUUGUAGCACUGGUCAAGAAGGACAAACCUGAGAAAGAAUUGAAAGCCUUUUGUGCCGAUCAACUUGACGUAUUUUUACAAAAAGAAACUUCAGGUUUUGUGGAUAAACUAUUUGAAAGUCUCUAUACUAAGAACUACCUUCCACCUUUGGAUCCAGUUAAGCCUGAGCCAAAACCACCAGUCCAAGAAAAAGAAGAAAUUAAAGAAGAGGUAUUUCAGGAGCCAGCAGAGGAAGAACGAGAUGGCAGAAAAAAGAAAUAUCCUAGUCCCCAGAAGACUCGUUCAGAAUCUAGUGAACGAAGGACACGUGAGAAGAAAAGAGAAGAUGGCAAGUGGAGAGACUAUGACCGCUACUAUGAGCGGAAUGAAUUGUACCGUGAGAAGUAUGACUGGAGAAGAGGCAGGAGUAAGAGCCGGAGUAAGAGCCGAGGCCUGAGUCGAAGUCGGAGUCGGAGCCGGGGGCGCAGCAAAGACCGGGAUCCAAAUAGGAAUGUUGCAGAACAUAGGGAACGAUCAAAGUUUAAGAGUGAAAGGAAUGACUUGGAGAGUUCCUAUGUGCCUGUGUCUGCACCACCUCCGAACUCUUCUGAGCAGUACUCCUCUGGGGCACAGUCUAUUCCCAGCACUGUUACUGUGAUUGCACCUGCGCACCACUCUGAAAACACAACGGAGAGUUGGUCUAAUUACUAUAAUAAUCAUAGCUCUUCCAAUUCUUUUGGUCGAAACCCACCACCAAAGAGGCGAUGCAGAGAUUAUGAUGAAAGAGGAUUUUGUGUACUUGGUGACCUUUGUCAGUUUGAUCAUGGAAAUGAUCCCCUGGUUGUUGAUGAAGUUGCUCUGCCAAGCAUGAUUCCUUUUCCUCCACCUCCUCCUGGGCUUCCUCCUCCACCACCUCCUGGAAUGUUAAUGCCUCCAAUGCCAGGCCCUGGUCCAGGCCCUGGUCCAGGCCCUGGUCCAGGCCCUGGUCCAGGCCCUGGUCCUGGCCACAGUUUGAGACUUCCUGUUCCCCAAGGACAUGGCCAGCCCCCACCUUCUGUUGUGCUUCCCAUACCAAGACCACCUAUAACACAGUCAAGCUUGAUAAACAACCGUGACCAGCCUGGGACAAGCGCAGUGCCCAAUCUUGCACCAGUGGGAGCAAGACUACCUCCUCCUUUACCCCAGAACCUCCUUUAUACAGUGUCAGAACGACAGCCCAUGUACUCUCGUGAACAUGGUGCUGCUGCAUCUGAGCGACUUCAGUUGGGGACACCGCCUCCUCUGUUGGCAGCUCGUUUGGUGCCACCUCGAAACCUCAUGGGAUCCUCCAUUGGGUACCAUACCUCAGUCUCCAGCCCUACCCCUCUGGUCCCAGAUACCUAUGAACCAGAUGGUUAUAAUCCAGAAGCUCCUAGCAUUACCAGUUCUGGUAGAUCUCAGUAUAGACAGUUUUUUUCAAGAACACAGACACAACGCCCAAAUCUGAUUGGCCUAACAUCUGGAGAUAUGGAUGCAAAUCCAAGAGCUGCUAACAUCGUCAUCCAGACUGAACCACCAGUUCCUGUUUCAAUUAACAGCAACAUAACCAGAGUAGUUCUUGAACCAGAUAGCCGGAAAAGAGCUAUGAGUGGUUUGGAAGGGCCACUCACAAAGAAACCUUGGCUGGGAAAGCAAGGGAAUAACAAUCAGAGUAAACCAGGAUUCUUGAGAAAGAAUCAGUAUACAAACACCAAAUUAGAAGUCAAGAAAAUCCCUCAGGAAUUAAACAACAUUACCAAGCUCAAUGAACACUUCAGCAAAUUUGGAACUAUUGUUAAUAUCCAGGUUGCUUUUAAGGGAGAUCCAGAAGCAGCCCUCAUCCAGUAUCUUACCAAUGAGGAGGCCAGAAAAGCCAUUUCCAGCACUGAAGCAGUUCUAAACAACCGGUUCAUUCGAGUCCUGUGGCACAGGGAAAAUAAUGAACAACCAGCACUACAGUCCCCAACACAGCUGCUCCUGCAACAACAGCAAACACUUAGUCACCUGUCACAGCAGCACCAUCACUUGCCACAGCACCUUCAUCAGCAGCAGGUGCUGGUGGCCCAGUCUCCUCCCUCAACGGUACAUGGAGGUAUUCAGAAGAUGAUGAGCAAACCACAGACAUCGGGUGCAUAUGUUCUUAACAAAGUUCCUGUGAAACAUCGUCUUGGACAUGCAAGUGGUAGCCAGAGUGAUACAGCACACUUGUUGAAUCAGUCAGGUGGUACUGGAGAUGAUUGCCAGAUAUUUUCAACUCCAGGCCAUCCAAAAAUGAUUUACAGCUCCUCAAACUUAAAGACACCUUCGAAACUUUGUUCAGGAUCAAAAUCUCAUGAUGUCCAAGAAGUUCUUAAAAAGAAGCAGGAAGCAAUGAAGCUACAGCAAGAUAUGAGGAAAAAGAGGCAAGAAAUGUUAGAAAAACAAAUAGAAUGCCAAAAGAUGUUAAUAUCUAAGCUAGAAAAAAACAAAAACAUGAAACCAGAAGAGAGAGCAAAUAUAAUGAAGACUUUAAAAGAGCUUGGAGAAAAAAUCUCACAAUUGAAGGAUGAGUUGAAAACAUCUUCUGCAGUCUCCACACCAUCUAAAGUAAAGACAAAAACAGAGGCCCAAAAAGAACUAUUGGACACUGAACUGGACCUUCACAAGAGGCUAUCCUCAGGAGAGGACACAACAGAGUUACGGAAAAAACUCAAUCAGUUACAGGUUGAGGCUGCACGAUUAGGUAUUUUACCUGUUGGUCGAGGAAAGACCAUGUCCUCUCAAGGUCGAGGAAGAGGCCGAGGCCGUGGAGGAAGAGGAAGGGGUUCACUAAAUCACAUGGUGGUAGACCACCGCCCCAAAGCACUAACAGUUGGGGGAUUCAUUGAGGAGGAGAAAGAUGACUUACUUCAGCAUUUUUCACCUGCAAACCAAGGGUCAAAAUUCAAAGACCGUCGGCUACAAAUAUCAUGGCACAAGGCCAAGGUGCCUUCUGUAUCCACUGAGACUGAGGAAGAAGAAGUCAAGGAGGAGGAAACAGAGACCUCAGAUUUGUUUUUGCACGACGACGACGAUGAGGACGAAGAUGAAUAUGAGUCUCGUUCAUGGCGGAGAUGAAACCUGAUGCGCGCUGUACAAUUUUUAGGAAUAUUGUUUAGAAGAACAACUUUUUAAAAUUAUUUAAAGAAGUCAAUGAGCCAAAAAAGUUUUUUUUAUUUUUCUUUUCAACACAGUAAGUUUAAGGACAGCAAGUUUGCUAUUUAAAUACAUCUCAUAACUGUUCAUGGUAUUAAAGCACCAAAGGCCUAGUGACUUUUACACAGUUGUGAAGAUCCACAGGAAUGACAUGGAUAAUCUCUAGAGCCUUAUUUUUCCACACCACCUGUUUUUGUUGCUAUUGGUGUUGGAUUAUGAUGUAAAUGACAGGGUGUUCAGAAAUUUUAUUUUGAAUUAUAAUCUGAUAAAAUUUCAUUAAAUGUCAAAAUUGCCUGGAAUCUCUUAACUCUUCAGCUCUUAUGGAUGGGUCAUCAGACAGUAGGAGAUAUUUGCAGUUAAAAUACCCUUUUGCUUUCAAGAGUUGUCUUGGAAGAAAAGUAAAUUUAAUUUUUUUAUUGAGGAAGAGCCCAACUUGUAUUCAGUCUAAAUUUGGGGGUGGGGGUGGGAUUUAAUGUGUUACAGUAAGUGCUAUUUUAAUGUAAACCAUAACUGUUCUUCAAUGCUGUAAGGCAGUGGUAGCUAGCUGUGUGGUAUUUCCAUUCUGUCAUCGUAUUAACUCUCCUGGACUUCUCCUGCUACCGAUUUUUAGUUUGCUUUGAAAUUACCGAACAUUGGUCCAGUUGGUCCUUUUUUUUUCCUUUUUUUUUUUUUUAACAGUCUCAGAAUAUAAAAGGCUUUCACAUGUUGCCUGUUUCUCAUCUCCAUUUUCUUUCUCCUGCCUUUUUAUUAAUAGCCUGACUUACCCAUUAUUGAGAUAAGUGAUUCUUUUGGGCCACCAAAAGUCAGUCCCCAAUAAAAAGUUUAAACCAGCAGCUUGAUAAGUGAUAUUUUGAUGAGAAUAAUGGAAGGAUUUGUGGGGAGAGUCACCAGCUUUUUUUUUUUUUUUUAAGCUUCACUUUAGUUAAUAGUUAUGCAAAAGGGUUUGCAAGUAUCUGAAAUUCUUUUCCUAAAUUUAAACCAUGGUGGUGAGGU